AUGGCCUACCCGGACAAGUUCACCGGCUUCCAGGUCAACGGGCCCGAGACCUGGACCGAGUUCCACAAGAACCAGUUCGACCCCAAGCCCUUUGGCGACUACGACGUCGACAUCAAGAUCGAGUGCUGCGGCGUCUGCGCCAGCGACGUCCACACCAUCAGCGGCGGCUGGGGCGAGCAGCACUUCCCCCUCGCCGUCGGUCACGAAAUCGUCGGCAAGGCCAUCCGCGUCGGGCCCAAGGUCACCUACGUCAAGGAGGGCGAGCGCGUCGGCGUCGGCGCCCAGUCCUACGCCUGCCUCGAGUGCAAGCAGUGCAAGAACGACAACGAGACCUACUGCACCCAGCAGCUCGACACGUUUGGGUCUGUCUGGCCCGACUCGGGCAUCGUCUCCCAGGGCGGCUACUCGUCCCACGUGCGCACGCACCAGCACUGGGUCUUCCCCAUCCCCGACGGCCUCGACUCGGCCCUCGCCGCGCCCAUGCUCUGCGCCGGCAUCACCGCCUACUCGCCGCUCGUGCGCAACGGCUGCGGGCCCGGCAAGAAGGUCGGCAUCGUGGGCAUGGGCGGCAUCGGGCACUUCGGCCUGCUGUUCGCCAAGGCCCUCGGCGCCGAGGUCUGGGCCAUCUCGCGCUCGCACGCGAAAGAGGCCGACUGCCGCGCCAUGGGCGCCGACGGCUUCAUCGCCACGGGCGACGAGGGCUGGGCCGCGCCGCACCGCAUGUCGUUCGACCUGGUGCUCAACACGGCGAGCAGCUUCGACGGGUUCGACCUCGACGCCUACCUCUCGCUGCUCGACGUGCACGGGCGCUGGGUCAGCGUGGGCCUGCCCGAGGGCGAAGGGCUCAAGGUGCGGAACCAGACCUUCCUGGCCAACGGGUGCUUCAUCGGCUCGAGCCACCUGGGCUCGCGGCGCGAGACGCUCGAGAUGCUGAGCCUGACGGCGGACAAGGGGAUCAGGAGCUGGGUCGAGACGAUGCCCAUCUCAGCCGAGAACCUGAGCAAGGCGGUGCAGAGGCUCGAGAAGAGCGACGUGCGGUACCGCUUCUGCAUGACGGACUACGAGAAGGAGUUUGGUGCGUGA